AUGGGUUUAGAUAUGAAGAAACCUGGUCAGUCAAAAUAUGCUGAAAAUCAAAAGGCAUCACCUUCAUCUCCUUAUUUUUCUGUUCCGAAUCCCGAUGAGAAGGAGAGAGAACAUUAUGAGGCUAGCAAAGCGAAGGACUUGAGUAGAUUUCAUAAGCGAGAUCUUGAAAGAAAGUUAUAUCAUCUUAGACAUCAUCGUGAGCGUGGCAUUGGUCACAAGCAACAAUGUGAAAGAGAUAGACAGCAUAGUCCAGUGGAAUGUGAAACCUGGUCAGGAAAUUCUAAAUGGCAACAUGAACCAGUAGAUGGAAAUACACAACCAUCCCACCAUCGCCCUCAUCAUCAUUCUAUUCCAAGUUACCAUUCAUUUCCAUCAGAACACUACUCACAUCAUCAUCCUAACUUGGAGAGACCAGAGCAUGGAUCGUAUCGUAGAUAUCAUGACAACAUAGAAGAAUCUCCAAAUCGUCCACCUCAUGAAAAGAAUCACGAUAGAACUGAACAGCAGUCAAAACACCUGCUGAAUAUGCAAAACGAAAAACAAGUCUUAUUCAAGCAGUAUCAUUUACUGAAAACGCUACAGUCCCACCCACCGAAACACAAGACACUACAACUAUACUGGAAUCAAUACCAUUGA